AUGCAGGUGUCAGCAUGGGCAUUCAUCAAGGGCCAGUGGACGAGGGUCCCGCCUGUGGAAAAGGGAGAUUUGACAGGGAAGACGGUCGUUGUGAUUGGCGCGAACACGGGCAUAGGAUACGAGACUGCGAAGCAUUUCGCGACGAUGAAUCCCGCUAGGUUGAUCAUGGGUUGUCGAAACGAGGCAAAGGGGACCACGGCCUUGGCGAACCUCCAACAGAGCACAGGAUUCGACAGAGCCGAGCUUUGGCUGAUCGACCUUUGUGAUUUUGAUUCCGUCAAAGCUUUCGCGGACAAGUUCGAGAAAGAAGUUGAGCGGCUCGACAUCCUGGUCGCAAAUGCCGGCGUCGUGUCCAUGAAGUACGAACUGACCCAAGACGAAUGGGAGACCUCACUUCAAGUUAAUCAUCUAGCCCCGACCCUCCUUAUCAUCCUCCUACUCCCGAAAUUGUUCAAAGCAGCCGAAAUUUCUGCGUCCGAGCCACGCAUCGUAAUCGUCGCCAGUGAACUCCAUCAGGACGGCAAAAUCCCUGACAGGCUCUAUCAAGUACCCUCCGCGCUCGAAGCAUUGAAUAGCAAAGAAUUUUGCCAACCCUAUGAUCAUCUGGAGAAAUACAAGUUAGCUAAACUGCUAAACGUUCUCCUCACAUUGGCUUUGACGGACCACCUUCCAUCAUCUCGUCCCACAAUUAUCGUGAAUGCCAUAAAUCCUGGAUUCUGCUACUCUGAGAUUCGUCGUGGAAUGCGCAGUGUCUUUAUGUGGCUGUUCGAGAAGCUGAUUGCUAGGACAGCGGAAGAGGGAGCGCGGCAAGUGAUAUGGGGCUCAGUAGUUACUCCGCCUGAGUCUAAAGGAGGGCUAGAUUCCCUGAAAGGCGCGUAUGUGAGCCUGGCCCACAUCAUGGAGCCAGGCGACUUCGUCAUCUCAGAGCAAGGGAAGGAAUUUCGCAAGAUCCUUUGGAACGAUACUGUGAAAAUUCUGUCCAAGGUGGACCCGCGGGUUCAGACCACGGUUGAGCAGUAUCUGCAGAAGUAG